AUGGGGAAGCACGCCAAGGCGGGGAGCACCCCCAGACCAUCGUGGUCCUGCCAGGCGAGUAAUAACACCUCCAUGCGGCAGUUCCUGGCCGCGACACCGGACCCGACCUCCCAGUCAUCAUAUGAGGCCUACCCGCCAUCAGAAGCCUCCACGCCACACUCCCUCUCACCAGGCCGUGAUGAUCAAGGGACUCCACCGGCAGACUGGCUGACCCUGCUAAGGGCACUACCCACACGGGCUGACCUCACCCAGGCUACCACAGCCCUCCAGACCUCCAUCCAAGGUAUGGCGGACCGCAUGGCCCAAAUAGAGGCAGAUCAUGAUUCCCUUACCGCAGCGAAAGCGGCCCAAGCUGCAAGCCACUCAAGGCAAACUGCUCAAAUGCAAGCCAUGGCCAGACAUAUAUAA